GCCAAUCCUGUUCCCAGGGGUGGACUGACCUUCUGGAGCACCGGGAGCCGUCCCGGUGGGCCGACAGUGUGGGCAGGGCCGUUGGGCCGGUGUCAGACUCGAAGACUGGGUUCGGGAGGAAGAGCGUUUAUUAUACAGACGGUGGGCUGAAAGCGGUGCUGGAAAGGCUGACGGAUGAGGUCUGAGGAGGAAAGGUGGAGGUUUAGCUGUAGUAGCUUUGGAAAUACUCUGAUCAUGGAUCACGGUGGAACGAUGACUGAGUGAAGAGCCGGUGUAGCGUCUUCCAUAUAUAGACAUCGAUUGACGCAGGUGAAACGUGGAGGGAAUCCCCGCGAGGGGCAUGCUGGGUAAUGUGGUCCAAGACGGAAGCCGGUCAGCUGGGAGAGCCCGGCCUGGGGGCUUGGACUCUGACAGCCGGUCUGACAUUUAUUAAUUAUUUCAUUCGUUCAUUCAUCCACUCGUUGCGUUCGUCUUUCUCUCUUGCCCUCAGAUUUCUUACAAAUUGGGCCGGCCAAUAGGUUGCUGAGGCUAGCAGUGUGUUGCCCACAUCAAGAUGUAUUAUUGGUCUGUUUCUCAUUGUCAUGGGCUGACUGGUUCAGGGCGCUGCGACAGGGCUGUCAAUCUUAGGCAGCACAAACCAGGGUGGGCGGGGCCUCAUCGCUAGUCGGCGGGAGUGAUGGUUGGACAGUGCUGCGGUCGGACAGUUGAUGUGGAAAAUGGAUAAGCCUAGGAAACGUUUGGGUGGCGCAGAAAAGUUGCGGCGAAAAAAAUUGAAGUCUCUAGAGGUGGGAGCUGCUAAGUGUUCUAAGUUGACAGACCUAUUUGGUCCUGGGCCGGCCUUUGUCACCACCCCAGCAGGUGGUGCUGGUGCGCCAGGAGAAGGGCCGACACAUGCAGUUGUACCUCUCAGCUCUGGUAGGCUUUCUUCUGGUUUUACCAGCUGAUGCUUUAGUUGGAAACUGCUCUCAACUAAACUUCAACACAGAGACAGAACAAUGCCUGUUGUUUGGUCUGGUGUGUAAAGGCAACUAUGAGGUGCGCCACUACGAUUCUGCAAAAUGGGUUACGACCAACGACACCUCCUUCUCCAUAGAAACGAUGAUGACGCAGUCGUUUAAACGGCUGUAUGGCUACAUCACUGGUGAAAAUGAUCAGGGCAAAGAAAUAGCAAUGACUACACCUGUUGUUAUUAAAUCACCUGAGAAGUACUUUUGGCAUCGAGCUGUCUACACAAUGAGCUUCUUGCUGCCAGCUGAGCACCAAAAGAACCCGCCUAAACCUACUAAUAAAGAUGUUUACAUCCAAGAGACCCCAGAAAUGAACGUGUAUGUGAUGACUUACGGCGGGUGGAUGAUGAGUAUUACUGACACCUAUAACUCCUGUAAACUCGCCUCUUCACUUGAUUCUGCUAAAGCAAAAUACAACAGAGAUUCCCACUACUCUGUUGGGUAUAACAGCCCAAUGAUUUUGAGGGAGCGACACAACGAGGUGUGGUAUGUGGCUGAAGGUGAGCUCGUCUGCCCCAGCCAGUGAGUGAUUUGAUCUAAUAUCCCCCUCCCUGGACCUGAUGGGGCCUACUGCACGGCAGAGACACAACAGCUGUUGUUAAAUAUCACAUAUCAUAACAGAAAUGUGUGGGAGCACAUCAACAUAAUGUAAUUUCAUUCAAAAUUUUCAUGUAUCAUCUCAUCAGAUUACGUUGAUUUAUGGACAAUAAACGUAUGCAAUGAUU